AUGCCCGAUGCAGGUUGCCGCACGUUACCGCCGUCACCUGACUCAGGCGCGCGGCUGAAGUGGACCCUCUUCGGUCGGAGUCCUUUUGAGCUCCCGUGCUUCCAUUGUCUCGAGUCUUCUUUGUUCACUCCAUCGCGCCGCCGAGCGAGGAUAGGAUGGCGAGCCCGUUCAAUCCGUUUGCUGGUCGCGGCCAGAGCGCCGGAGAAGCAAGCACCUCUGGACGAGGUCGCGGGUCUACACGCGGGUCAACGAGAGGUAGCACAGAUCGAGGAAACCGGGUGUCUGUACGAGGGCGAGUACGAGGAAGAGGAAUCCGAGGCCGUGGAGCUGAUGGGACAAACAUCUCUCGUGGGCGUGGCGCGGGCGCUGCUGCCAGAGGCGCGUCACAUGCAGCAAGUUCGAUCUCAACUUCUUCGACCACCGCAAACGUUGCCAGUUCGCCAUUCGCACAACUUAACCAACCGACCCAAUUAA